UUGAAAUUUCUUAUUUGUUGCUAUAGGAUUUUUAAGAUCCAGAUUUCUUCAGUUUUCAAUUAUUUUCCAAUUUGAUCAGAAUAUAACGAAAAGUUUCACUUGAAUAUAGGAUAAAUAGAGAAUUUAUAAUAGUAAUUAAGAACCAUCUGACGAAUUAUAAACAAACACAAUGUCACUUCGCCUUAAAAUAGAGAAGCAAAAAGCACAAGAAGAAAUGCGUCGUUUGAUGGCUGAACGAAAAAAGAACAAUGUAAAACCAACAAAAAUAGAUAAUCCACUUGCAAAGUACAACAAUACUGGACAACUAAUGUGUAUACUUUGUAACUCAGUAGUUCGGUCAGAACGUGUAUGGCCAGUACACAUAAAUAGUAAACAACACAGAGAGAACGUAGAGAAGGCGAAAAAGUUAAAAGAAUUGACAAAUAACUUUACUGUUGGAAAGAUUAAACAUAAAAGUAGCAGUCCACCUAGAGAUGCUCCACCUGAAAAGAAGUUAAAAGGAAUUUUGAAAAAUUCUGACACACCCCAGAUUGUUGCUCAGCCACCUAAAAAUAAAGCUCCACAAGUAAUAUCUUUCCAUGAUGAAGAAAUAAAAAGGACACCACUUGUCCUCACGACACCAACUAAUAGCAAAGAAGAUUUACCAGCUACCAGUGCAGCAGAGACAGAAGCAGCACAAGGAUCAGAACAGCCUUUGCCAGAAGGUUUCUUUGAUGACCCAAUUCUAGAUGCUAAGGUCCGCAACAUUGAAUAUAAAGAUCCUAUCGAAGAGGAAUGGGAAAAGUUCCAAAAAGAAAUAAAAGAAGAGGCAACUGCAUCGGCUGAAAUCAUUGCUGGAGAGCAAGAAGAGGCAACAGCAGAACGACAAAUUGAUGAAAUAGAUGAACAAAUCCGAAUUUGGUCAAAAGUCCUAGACCUCGAGUUGAAGAAAGAAGAAACUAAAAAGACCAAACAAGAUUUAGAAAAAAUGAGUGAGGACGAAAACGGGGAUUCAGAUAAUGAAGAUGAUAUUGACGAAUUUUUGGACUGGCGAGCGAAAAAAUCAUACUCUUAACAGUUAUCUUAUAAUAAAGUUUGUAUAAUAAUUAAAAUAAUUAUCA